AUGGCGAGGAGAGAGACUCUGGCGAGCGCCGACGGCGGGCCGCCGGAGGUGACUCUAGAAACUUCUAUGGGACCGUUCACGGUCGAGAUGUACUACCACCACGCGCCGAGGACUUGCCAGAAUUUUGUGACCCUCGCUCGCAAAGGCUACUACAACAACGUCAAGUUCCAUCGAAUCAUAAAGGAUUUUAUAGUGCAAGGAGGUGAUCCAACCGGAACUGGGAGAGGCGGCGAAUCCAUCUAUGGUAAGCACUUUGAGGAUGAGAUAAAUAGAGAGUUGAAGCAUACUGGAGCUGGUAUCAUAUCCAUGGCGAAUGCUGGUCCGAAUACAAAUGGAAGCCAGUUCUUUAUAACUCUGGCACCUGCACCCUCUCUGGAUGGGAAACAUACUAUCUUCGGAAGAGUAUGCAAAGGAAUGGAAAUUAUCAAGAGACUUGGCACUGUUCAAACUGAUAACACUGACCGGCCUAUUCAUGAUGUGAAGAUUCUGAGGGCAACUGUUAAGGAAUAG